AUGAUCGACCACACGCAGUUGUCCGUCGCGGCAGCGGACCACAAGGCCGUCGUCGCGUUCUACGAGGCGGCGCUCAAGCCCCUGGGUUACAAGAAGCUCAUGGCCUUUGGCCCCAACGAGGAAGCCGUCGGUUUUGGCGACGGUGAACUGGCGCAUUCCCCAAACAAGACCGACUGGUGGGUCAUGGCCUCGCCAACGACACCCGGCAAAUCCCACCACGCGUUCCGCUGCAAAGAUCGGGCAUCUGUCGACGCGUGGUAUGAUGCAGCCAUAGCAGCCGGGGCCAAAGACAACGGCAAGCCUGGCCUUCGGCCCCACUAUCACGCUCAUUAUGGGGCUUUCGUGCUUGACCCCGCUGGCAAUAAUAUCGAGGCUGUCUGCCACGAUGUCGUCGAGUAA